CAAAAUUCAAGAAGGCAGCUUUUAGGAAGAUUGAAUUUAAUAUUGUAAAAAUGAAGGUAAUUCCAAUAUGUUUUAUGUUAACCAUUUUGAUGCAUCAAUUGUGGUUCACUUGUGCGGUGUCAUCGACAAGGAACCAAAACAUUUUGCUGUGGGGAACUCCUGAUGGUCAUGAACUUGAUCUGAACGACGCCGCCAAUGGAAAAGAUAGUACUAAGGAAGGAUCCGUAUCCAGGCGGCGGAGAAGAUCGCCACCACCACCAAGACCUAAUCCGCCCAUUCAUGAACUUAUAGUAGUCCCUCCUGCCGGGCCAUCCCCGUCAUCGUCGCCGCCAUCUUCUCCUCCUCCUUCCCGUCCUUGUUACCAUCAUCGUCUUGGCUGCAUCCGCCCAUACAAUGUUGAUGAUUAUUAGCUAGCUAAUGCCUCCAUAUAAUUAUACAUUUUUUACUUUUGGGUUUCUACUAGCUUGAAUAAUUGGGGUAUACCAUACGCGGUAUGUUGCUUAUAAGUUCCAGGUCAUGUAAUUAAAUUAGUCAUUCUCUUGUGUUAGACCAGUAGACCACAG